UGAUCUAUUAUCCUAUGGCUUUAGUUUAUAGAGAUUAGAUUUUAGGUUUCAUUCUUUACAAUCAACCAAAUUCGAUUUUCAUGUUCUUAGAAUUCGAAUUACCUUAGGUUAGUAGAUUGUUGAAACCGGACCACCAAGAGAAUGAACCUCGAGCUGGGCAGGAACGCGAGCUGGACACGAGCUGGCCUGGACGCGAACAGAUUGAGGUUGGAGAUGCGAGCAGCUGAUCGUCGAACGGGAGCUGUUGCAGUCGGGAUCGCGAGCGGCUCUGAUGCGAACGGGAAGCUUUGCUGUCUGGAACAGAUGCGGGGACGGAUUAAGGUUCGUCGGGUUCGGAUUAGGGUUCCAAAGCAAAUCGGCGCGCACUGUAUCUGUGCGUGAGGGUGCGUCGGUGGUCAGAUCGACAAGCGGUUUGCACUGACUGAUUCGUCUCGACAAGGCUUCGAUUUGAUAUCUUGAUCGUUUUCUGGGUCCUCACGGUUUGGGAGAACGGCCUUUUUGAAGUUCCGAAGCAGAUUCCUCUUCGUUUAGGGUUUUAGCGAUUUGGUUUUAGGUUCAGGGUGUUAGAGGCUGUCGUGUUGAUAACGUGUUGUGACACUUAGGAUUUAGAACUGUAAGUUUAUGUAUAUUAUUAAUCAAAAGUGUGUUCCUUUAUAUAAGGAUUACAAGAUAUAGAAAUAUGGAAAGUAUCCAAAAACUAAACCAACUAGGAUUAGGAAAACUAGUAAUACAUAAUAUGAAAAGAGUACAAAUACAAGGAAAAAUGAAAUAUGGUUUCCUUUUCUCCAAGCUACAUGGCCGCCUCUCUCUCUCUCCAAGUUGUGGCCGUUUUUCUCUCUCUAGGGUUGGACCGUCUCUCUCUAAGUGUAUGGACCGGUUAUGGACCGGGUCGGUUAUGGACAUCCAUCAAUUGAUUUAUAACAUGAUGAUAUAUCUUCAAUGUUUAGUCUAUAUAUAAUGCUUGUUUAUAUGAUUAUAUCUAUGCAAUAUCUCGUAUAUUAAUGAUAUUUAUUUGAUAUAUAUUCCAUUUCGAUUUCGAAUCAUUUUAAUUAAUUUCUGCUAUUAUAAAUAAUGUAAUUCAUGUUUAUGGAAUAAGAAAAAUCCAUGUAUAGCAUAUCCAGAAAUAAUGAUAGUUCCUGUCCUUAGAUUAAAGAAAUGGCCCAUUGGGAGGUCAAACCACCAUCUCAUCUUUGUCAUUUCACACAAGUCAACCCUAAUUUACUCUAAACCAACAUUUUAAAAAUUAAAAAUCAUUAACCCAUCUUCCCUUUAUAUAUAUAUAAACUCAUCAUCACCACCUUCAACCUCCACACACAUCUCCAAAGAAACUCUCCAUCAGACAAAAAUGGAAGACGAAGGUUAUUACCUCGAAACCGAUUUCGAUGUCAGCUUCACCUCCACCGCCACAGACCGGACCUUCACCUCCUCAAGCGCUCGCUCCAGUCUCGCUCGUUCAAGCCUCACCUUAAGCUUCAACGACAGACUCUCCACCGCCACAACACCUUCCACCACCACUUCCGCCGCCGCGACAACGCUCCACCACCGUCGCCAAGAUCCUCACUGGACAGCAAUCAGAGCCGCGACAACACUCUCCUCCGAUGGACGACUCCAUCUCCGUCACCUAAAACUCGUCCGCCUCCUCGGAACCGGAAACCUCGGCCGUGUAUUCCUCUGCCACCUCCGUGACUGCCCAACCCCCACCGCAUUCGCGCUUAAAGUCAUCGACCGUGAUGCUCUCACGGCGAAGAAGCUUUCGCACGUGCAAACGGAGGCGGAGAUCCUCUCCAUGCUAGACCACCCGUUCUUGCCUACACUCUACGCACGUAUCGACGCUUCUCACUACACUUGUCUCCUCAUUGAUUACUGUCCCAACGGAGACUUACAUUCCUUGCUACGUAAGCAACCUGGUAACCGGUUACCGGUUUCAUCGGUUAGAUUCUUCGCCUCCGAAGUCCUCGUCGCCUUAGAGUAUCUCCAUGCUCUCGGUAUCGUGUACCGAGAUCUCAAACCGGAGAACAUCUUGAUCCGUGAAGAUGGACACAUCAUGCUCUCAGAUUUCGAUCUCUGCUUCAAAGCCGACGUCGUUCCAACUUUCCGAUCUCGACGGUUCCGGAGAGUUUCGACUCCGCCGUCAUCUCCGAGGAGGUUGAGGAGGAGUCGGCGUUGCGGUUGCUUCUCCACGGAGGUAGAGUACGAGAGAGAGGAGAUAGUGGCCGAGUUCGCGGCGGAGCCAGUGACGGCGUUUUCUAAGUCGUGCGUUGGAACUCACGAGUAUCUAGCGCCGGAGCACGUCGCCGGAAACGGACACGGAAGCGGCGUAGACUGGUGGGCGUUUGGGAUAUUUCUGUACGAGAUGUUACACGGAACGACGCCGUUUAAAGGCGUGACCAAAGAACAAAUUCUACGAAAGAUAGCAUCGAGUGAUGACGUGGCGUUUCCGUUGGAGUUGGAGGAAGAGGGAAUAAGAGAAGCGAAGGAUUUGAUUCAGAAGCUGUUGGUGAAGGAUCCAACGAAGAGACUAGGUUGCGCCAGGGGUGCGCAGGAUAUCAAAAGGCAUCCGUUUUUCGAAGGGAUCAAGUGGCCGUUGAUUAGAAACUAUAAGCCGCCGGAGAUUCGAGGUCUGGUGAAGAAGUCGACCAAGGCACAUGCUUGUCACGUGACUGGUGUGUCAUCGCCACGUAGGAGGAAGUGGUUGUGGUGGGCCUUAUCGAAUUUACUGCGAAGUAAAAGCUUGAAAGGGAGUAACAGUAAGAUCCAGAGCAACAAUAAUUACUAUCAUUAUGCGGGUAAAAGCUAUAACGCGAGUCGCAAACGCGUUUAGGGCGUUUCCCUUUUCAAAAAUGAACAAAUCUUGGGUUCUAGUGAACUCUUUAAUUCACCUCGACUCUUGACACUAAUCAUUUUGCCAUGUAGAAUUAAUAAAAAGUGGAAACAAAAUAAAAAAAAACAAAAAAAAAGGAAAGAAAAAAGGUUGUGGCCGUUAGCAAAAAAGAGAACGAGUGUUUUGUCAACGCGUCCAUCGGCUCCUUCUUCGUCUCUUAUAGAGAAAAUAGAAAGCUUUGUUUGUCAAGUUGGAAUCUCCAAUUCUAUGCUUUCAAAUCCAAUUUCGAUUUCACCUUCUCAAAUACACUUUAUAAACUGCCCCAAAUCCACUUUCUCCAAGUUUAUUCUCGAUUGAAAAUUGACUUGUGGCAUAUUGUAACGUAGUGAAAUCAAAUCUCAUGGAAUCUGUGCUAAUGUCUUCAUUCAUAUGUCAGGAAAAAAAAACUCCACGUUACCAAGAAGUCAUGUAUGUAUGAAAAAAAAAAUCACAGCAGAUAUGAAAGAAACAGAGACAGCAAGGCAGAACAGAGUGAAUAACAGAAUGUUAAUAAAGAAAAAUAAACAAAACGGAAGAAACAGAGCACAAGAAUAAUAUCAUCUUUUCUUAACUUACCUUCAAGGUUUCGUUCUUCUUUAUAUGUCCUCCUCAUAUUUUCCUCUUCCUAGACCUUAGGAAAAGACUAAGAAUAUGAUAAAUAAGACACCAACAACAGCUAAAACAGCCGCAAAGAUCAAAGCUUUUGGUACACAUCUUUUUCUAUCCCCUGAGAAAGAAAAAAAUCAGAAUGGUUUCCUCUGUUACGUAAAAUGAUUAAAUUCGUCUUUACUGUAACAAACUCUCAUCUCCUCAUUUGGUAUACUACAACACAUGCUCAACAGUCUGAUUUUAAAUGCUAGAGCUCAAAUUCAUAACAAGUGACAUACCUUGUGCGACACUUCUCGCCUCAUUCCCCGGGGUAGCAGGCAUGAGCUUGGCUCAUUAGUGGUGUCCACUGGAUCAUAGAAUCUCCAUGGAGUAUAAGCCACCAUACAGGUAGGAGAACACAUAACUACCCAUUUCAUAUUACAACAGCUCGAAAUCUUUGCAAUACCCUGUGACAAACAAUACGAGCGAUAUAUCCGCCGUGCACUGGACCAUACCGUACAAACGAUGUCCCACUUGUUUCUCUCACACCAAAGUUCUUCAUUCUCCUACCAGUCACGGAUGCUUUGCCUUUAAGCCCUUCUAGUAAACCCCUUAUUGGUUUCUCCCAAUCGUUGCGAUCUCCAGGGAAUUUUUCUUGUCCCGGACGAUCUCCCAAUCACACAGAUUCCAUGAGAUUUGAUUUCACUAAGUUACAAGAUGCCACACAUCAAUUUUCAAUCGAGAAUAAACUUGGAGAAGGUGGAAUUGGGGCAGUUUAUAAAGUGUAUUUGAGAAGGUGAAAUCAAAAUUGGAUUUGAAAUCAUAGAAUGGAGACUCCAACUUGACGAACAAAGCUUUCUCUUUUCUCUGUAGGAGACAAAGAAGGAGCCGAUGGACGGCGUUAACAAAACACUUUUUCUCUUCCUUGUUAACUGCGAUGACUUUUUUUUCAUCUAUUUCCUUUUUUUGUUUUUGAUUUUAUUUCCUUUUUUCAUUAAUCUUACAUGGCAUAAUGAUUGGUGCUAAGAGUUGAGGUGAAUUAGAGAGUUCACCACAGGGGAUGAACCCAAGUUUUGUUCUUCAAAAAUCUCAUAGGUAGAAAAGCUUGGAUGGAGGAGGUAUACAAUGGAUAGCGCAAAUUAGCAAGCCUGAUCAUUUUGGAUUUACACAAUUGUAGCUUAUUUAUUAUGAAGUUCGUACAAAGAAGUUUUAGAAACCAAUUGGCUUUCUAUUUAUGAUUUGUAUUGACACAAUUGUAGCUCAUUGUUUAUGAAACUCAUACAAGAAUUUUUAAAAACCAAUUGCCUUUCGAUUUAUGAUUUGUCCCUAAUGUUUGUCUUGCACAAUUUCAACCCUAAGUAAAGCAAAAACUCAAAGGCUUUAUUAAUCCAUCAGCCCAUUAUGAACACUACACUACAUCUUCACAAUACAAAACAAUUUCUUA